AUGUCGGACAUUGCGCACCUCAAGUCUCUGUUCCGUUUCUACGACGACUACCCUAAGAAGGGAAUUCGAUUCUGCGACAUCUUGCCUGUCCUUCGCGACCCUCUGGCGUUCGAGCUGCUCCUGACCAACAUUGUGUCGCACCUGUUCACGCACACUAUUCCGUCGCUCGAUGACGCUGCCGCCCCUGCUCCUGCCACGCCGCUCGAACCGGGCGCCAAGUCGUACGGCAACCGCAAGAUCGACGCCGUCGUCGGCCUCGACGCCCGAGGCUUCCUCCUCGGCCCCGCCAUCGCCCAGCGUCUCGGCUGCGGCUUCGUCCCCGUGCGCAAAGCCGGAAAACUCCCCGGCGAGUGCGUCCAGGCCUCCUAUCUCAAGGAGUAUGGCGAGGACGUCUUCGAGAUGCAGAAGGACGCCCUGGCUCCCAACUCACGCGUUCUUGUCAUUGACGAUCUGAUCGCCACUGGUGGCUCGGCAAAGGCUGCCGGUGAGUUGGUCAACAAGUGCGGAAGCAAAGUUGUCGAGUACGUCUUUGUUGUCGCGAUUCCCUUCCUCAAAGGCGCGGACCAGCUCGAUGCCCCUUCAUACCACCUCGUCGAGGUCGACUAA